AUGGUCCGCAUCCCGACUCUUGCUCUGUUCGGAGCCGUUGCGCUCAAUGUCUCCACUGCCUUCGGCGCCGUGGCCAACUCGUCGCCGGACAGGCGCGCCGAGGGCCUCCGUCUAGUCAAGUCAUCGGACGAAGAUCCCGGUACUUGGAUGACAGAGGAGGAGAAGUAUGAAAAGUUCACCUACAAGGGUUUGGGCUUUGAACUUGAGGCCAUCCGCAUCGACAGAAUGAUGAACAUUGCCGAGGUGCAGGCGGCUGCGUUUCCAACUACUCCAAGCCACCAGACUGAGGCAAACGCCCUGAUUGCCAAUGUCGAGCAAACCACCUUGUCCUCAUGGCUGACAUCCAUGGCCGCGUUUUACAACCGCUACUACAAGGGAUCAUACGCGGCUACCAGUGCCACGUGGAUGUACAACACCGUCGUUGAUGUUGCCUCGGCCAACUCGGCCAUCACCGUCAAGCAGUUCACGCACUCGUACAACCAGCCCAGCGUCAUUGCCGCCAUUCCCGGAAACUCGACUGAUGUCAUCGUCGUCUCUGCGCACUAUGACAGCAUCGGCAGCCCGGCCAACGGCAGAGCUCCUGGCGCUGACGACAAUGCAUCGGGUAUUAUUGUUAUUCUCGAGGCCUUGAGAGUCCUUGCCGAGGCCAAGUACAAGGGCGGCAACACUCUUGAAUUCCACUUCUACUCUGGCGAGGAGGGCGGCUGUCUCGGCUCUCGUGAUGUGAUGCAGUCCUACAAGACGUCGGGCGUCAAUGUCCUUGCCGUCAUGAACCAGGACAUGACCGGAUACUCGCCCAACAACGUCAUUGCCGUCUACACAGACUUUGUCGACACAAGUCUAACCAACUUUUUGAAGAAGCUCGUGCCCGUGUAUAGCGACCUGCCCCUGUCUACGGAUGCAUGUGGCUACGCUUGCAGUGACCAUGCUUCCGCCCGAGACGCCGGUUUUCCGGCCGCAUACGUGUGUGAUGAGAACAUGGAGGACUCCAGCCCUUACAUCCACUCAUCCCAAGACACUGUCGCGACAGUCAGCAUUCCGCACGUCUACCAGCACGCCAAGUUCACUGUUGGCUUCCUCAUCGAGGCCUCGUACUUUUAG